ACCAUGAAGCUAACUGCAGCCAAUGAAGGAUCACAACACGACAGCAGCGGGGAACUUCCACUGCGUGUCCACACCUUCCUCAAAGGUCAUUGACCUCUGAGGAAGCAUCGAUCCAGUAUUUGUUAAUGAACGUGGAGCGUUUUUAUAUGAAGUGAGGAGAUGGCCCAGGUGUACAGACUCUGUGCCGGGAUAGUAACAGCUCUGGCCUUAUGCAAAUACUCCCUGGCAGACAGGAAUGUAACCGACGAGUCUGCCAAUCGAACUGUGGCCCACUGUCAUCGCCACGGCAACAAAGACAACUGCACAGCAGACGCAGAUACAGGGCAGUGGACCGGACACUUCUCAAAAUGUCCCGAGGAACUAACAAACUACUGCAUCCACGGGGAGUGUCGUUACAUUGAGGAGCAGAAGGCCCCGUCCUGCAGGUGUCAGCGAGGUUACAUCGGCUCCAGGUGUGAAUAUCUGGACCUCGACUGGCGGAUAGGAGAGAAACGACAGAUCAUAAUCGCCUGCGUCAUCGCAGGGCUCAUCUUCCUCAUUCUCGUCAUCGUAUUCAUCUGCAUUUGUUCACAUCGCAGGUGCAGGCUGUGUUGGCGGAGAGGAAGACGGAGGGAGGAGCCGAGGAACGGCACGGAGAAGCUCAGCAUGAUGGACACCAGCGCGACACACGCGACCUUAAAGGCAGAGCCACCACACACCAACGCCGUAUGACAGGAGUGUUCACACACGAGGCGGCGGCUGCUGCCUUUUGUCUCACAGUGACUGCAGCCCCUCCAAGCCGCGCAGCACUGAGGCUGUGUUAGAUCAGGAGUGUGCUCACUCUUAAAAGGGCUGGCUUGUCUGAAACUUUGAUGGAGCUUCAGAACGAGGAAGAUGAUAAACACGAGUUGGGGGUGAGUGUUGAGCUGGUGGCGUGUUGGCGAGAAACAGGCGGACUGCACAGCUCCAAAUCAGCUGUUGCUAUGUUGGAACAAACCGCGACAGCAGCUGGCAGCCGGUGGAGACAGUCGAUCAGGUUGUUGUCCUGCGUGGGAGACACUAAGCCCGACUGGUUUCACCUGGGGAGCUCUACUCAUGUGUUACUGCAGAGGUCGUCUGUGAUCUCAAUGCCAAGCAAAGUGAAGAGUCUCCCGCCAAACACAGAGGUCAUGUGAUAACUUCCCCGAGAAUUAUGGAGGCUGCAUUGGCAACUAUGAAUACAAGUUCUGACAGCAUUUUGAAUGUUUCCCCAAACAGUGAGGUUGUGUGUCUCCCUCGCCUGUGUUUCCUCUCAGAAGCCAUCACUCCUGUCAGGAAGUGGAUCAUAUCCGGGGACGAUGUCAGUAAAUGUCCGUUUAUCCCGUUUGAAUGCGCCGCAUGAAACACCAAUAAGUCUGUGAGACUGUGAGAAGAUACUAAACUCCAUCAUCUUGUAAAUAAAUCAAUAAAUGUGUAGAAAUAUAUUCAAUAUUUAAAGUAACAGCAGCGACAUAACACUGUUAAAGAAUGCCGCCUCGUGUUGUUUCCACUUACUGCUGGUGAACCUUCGGUCUGUGUCACUAAACACAGAUUAUUUAUUCCUCCACCUGCGGCGAUGACUUCAGUUAAAAGCACGACAUAUUCCGAAUUAUGCCCUUAUUCUGGAAAAGAUUACUAAUAAACCGUUUAAAUGGAUAAUGGAAAUGGAAUAUUCCCGUUUACAUGCAGCCGUGAUUGACGCACGAGCGUUUUCCACCAUGUCACGUGAUGGACGACGGAAACAAACUCAGUUAUUCGCACAUUCGACAGCUUUCAGGACGUAAUGAUUUAAUUCAACGGCGUGCAGGAGUUCGUACAUGGAAGUUGAUUUACCUCCAAAUAAUUAGAUGAAAAAAGUCGAUGAGAAAAUGUAUUUUUGCGCCCCUCGGCUUCUACCAACAUUCGCUGCAGAGCCUGCUGCACCACAGAGCUGGUCCAAUGAUCCGAACGCAUGUCCACAGAGUGCUGCCGAAACCAGAAUAACGUUGCCAUACCCGCACGUCUUAAAAUGCUUCAUUGAGAAUCAGACAUCUUUCAGAACAUGCUGUUGACAUGACCAGAUUAUUGUCAUUCUAGUGGAAUAUUAAUGCGAACUCACACAGAAUAUUGUUUCUCAUCAUUACCAAUGCAAGAAGAACCUUCUGUAUACUCAAAGGCUGCAGCGCUGGACUCCCGGCGUGCAGGAGGACAAGGAGAACUUGUGCCGGAGGCUGUUUUGAACUGUGUAUUUGGAGCCGAGCUGCCUCCGAGCUGCAGGAGGCAGAACAGCCGAGCCUGUGUGUGGGGGCUCCGAGCUGAAAGUGCUCCACUGUACGAGACUUUCACAGGGUUUAAAUGUGUAUCUGUAUGUGUAGCGGCUCUGCUUCUAAAUGUAGACUGAAGGAGUGAAGUCGGCUCCGACAUAUCAAUAAAUAUGUCUGCUGUGUAAGUGCUGGAAACUAUUUUAAACAGAAAAGAUCAAAUCUUCCCACUUUCAAAGGGUUUCAUGAGAAAUGUUACUCAGUCUGUCAAACGUGUUCAUCUCAACACAGCGACGAGUUCACAGAUCAACGUGAACAAAAUCGUUGUUCACGUUCCAAAUGUUGACUUUUAAAGCGAUUACUCACCCGGUGUUACAGAAAAAUGAAACUCCUUCACAGUGAAUUAAGAAUCCAAACAGUCUGGAUGAAUGGAAGCGUUCACCAACCAUAAAACUAUCAAACAUGCAGUUUAUUGCUAAGAUUGUACCAUUUUAAACACUGCAGGAGCGUUACUCAUCCGUGUGAGUACUGUUCAUGCGUGAGUAUUAAAUGUUAGUGAAGUCGUGAGCGUACGACUGGAAGAAUGAGACUUUAAUAAUAAUGUAAACGGAUGUUUUCAGAUAGUUUUACUGUUGUACAAUACAUCCCAUCAUUUACUUUAAUUAUUCAAGACUUUUCUGUUCACGGUACCACAGGGCGAGUAACUGAUAUGGAAAUGAUCAUUUUGUGUUCCUUUAAUCGAGGGGUGGGGAACCUCCGGCCUCCGGGCCGUAUACGGCCUGCGAGACCAUUUGACCCGGCCCUCGAGGUAACUCAUAAACACACGCAAAAAAAUCAACAAGAAAAAAAAAAAACUCUAGACAGCAAUAAAAGGGCGAUUGAUUGUUUUUCCUGGCCAA